AUGUCUGGCACGUCCAGCGUCGGCAACAGCAACGUCUACGAGGCCGGUGACCAGCGGGUGCCGCCGGACUCGCAGAAGGGAGGCGAGCAACCGUAUGAGGAAGGACAGAAGAAUUCCCACUUGGGCAAUGAUUCGAAAGACAGCCGCUCGAUAGCGAACCGCCUGGCCGCGUCGGGCCCACAGAACACGCAGUCCACGGACGAUAGCAGCUCGUCGGGCAAGGCCAAGAGUGCCGAGACGCGCGCCGGCGAGGUCGACGCCACGGCCCCCGCGCGCAUGCACGGCAACGAGCCCAGCCGCGGCGCCCGCAUCGACAAGGAGCUGCAGGACGAGGAGGCCGCCAUCCUGGCCAAGAAAGACGCCGCCAAGGGCGGGAACAAGAGUGGUGGCACGGGCGACGUGGCGGGGAAGAAGAUGUGA